AUGGAUUUGUCCAACUGCACAGCUGUGGAUUUCCAUCCGGAUCUGGUCAACAAAAGUGCCACCAGUAAGGUCCUGCUCUCCCUGACACUAUCCCUGCUAGCAGUGAUGACCACAUGCAUCAACUCCCUGGUCAUAACUGCGAUCAUUGUCACCAGGAAGCUGCACCACCCGGCCAACUAUCUCAUCUGCUCCUUGGCUGUCACCGACCUGCUGGUGGCCAUCCUGGUAAUGCCCUUCAGCAUCGUCUACAUUAUCAAGGAGACCUGGAUCAUGGGCCAGGUGGUGUGCAACAUCUGGCUUGGUGUGGAUAUCACUUGCUGCACCUGCUCCAUCCUUCACCUGGCGGCCAUCGCCCUGGACCGUUACCGUGCCAUCACGGACGCGGUGGAGUACUCCCGCAAGCGGACGUCUCGGCGUGCUGCCGUCAUGAUCACCGUUGUGUGGGUCCUCUCCAUCUUCAUUUCGCUGCCGCCGCUGGUGUGGAGGCACCAGGGUGGCUGCGGUGAGGAAUGCCUGAUCAAGCACGACCACAUCGCCUUCACCAUCUACUCCACCUUCGGGGCCUUCUACAUUCCGCUCGGCCUCAUCCUCAUCCUCUACUACAAGAUCUACCGUGCCGCCAAGACCCUCUAUCACAAGAGGGGCACCAGCCGCCUCACCCGGCAGGAAAUGAAUGGCAACAUGCUGCCAAAGUGCUCCGACAGGGACCUCCAGAGCCCCGACGCGCUCAGCCCACCUGAGAAGUCGUACUCGGACCCCUCCACAGAGGGUGACCGCGUGCGUAUUGCUGUCAGGAGUCCUCAGUGCGAAUCGCGCCGGGAAAGGUCCUUCCGGAGGCAGCGGAUCUCCGGCACCAGGGAGAAGAGGGCGGCCACCACCCUGGGCUUGAUCCUGGGGGCCUUUGUCAUCUGCUGGCUGCCCUUCUUCCUGAAGGAGGUAAUUGUCAACACCUGCUCCUCCUGCAGCCUGUCUGCCGAAAUGACAGACUUCCUCACCUGGCUGGGGUACCUGAACUCACUCAUCAACCCACUCAUCUACACCAUUUUCAAUGAGGACUUCAAAAAGGCCUUUCAGAAGCUGGUCAAGUGUAGAUAUUACCUCUGA